UCCUCGAGAAAGUUGCUUUGGCCGCUUCAUAAGCCCAAAAUGGAGCGUUACCUGGGCCUGGUUGAAGAGCAGAGAUUAAAACUUCAGCUGUUGUUAACUACAGCCACAACGUAGGCUACCCAUUCUUUACCCCCCCGGGAAUCUCGCUUCUCCGGUUUCCCUUCUUUUAGUUGGCAAGGCUAACUGGUUGUUUAGGAAGCCGGUAACAGAGGUGUUACGAAUCCUAAAUGGUACUUGGUCACAUUAUCCCUACUCCUGCCAAUGAUUUUCAUUCCUAACAUUGGAUAUUCCUAAAACCCUAGAGAAUAAAUUCCAGGAAGUACAGAAAUGGCUCAACGUCGUUGACCCAGCCUCCAAUUAUUCAUCUGCACUCGCACUUCGUGAACCUGGUACGGGGAAUUGGCUGCUCGGGGGGCGCGAGUAUAUCGCUUGGAAGGAAGGUAGAGGAGGGGUUCUCUGGCUUCAUGGCAUACGUGAGUCCCCGGACGAGUGAAGUCUUAUGCUUCAAUGAAUGUCAUUAACAUUUGUUGCUUGUAGCCGGAUGCGGCAAAAGUGUCCUAAGGUGCGCACUUGACGGGUGUCCAAAGGUGCAAUAUGAUUUCCUGAUUUUUCUAACUCUCUCUUUAGUGCUACUGCCAUUGAGGAUGUCAAGGCUCUUUGCGAGGCGAAUGACGAUCACGCAUUAGCCUAUUUCUACUUUACCUUCAGCGACCCGGAGAAACAGAAAUCGUGCAAUAUGCUUCUAUCCCUUAUUAGCCAACUUCCAAAAAGGCCUUCAGAGUGGGGUUUGCCGGGAGAGGUAGUAGAUCUGUACCAUAGCACCAAGGCGAUCGGAAGGUCGGCGGAUAUCAAUGCUUUGAAAGAUGUAUUGUCGCAGAUUAUAAAGGGCUUCGGGAAGCCGUUUAUCAUUCUCGAUGCCUUGGACGAGGUCCCGAAGGACGCACGUGAAAGUCUCUUGUCUUGGGUCAGUGAGCUUAUGGUUGAUCAUAAGGCGGAAUCGCUGUCCGUUCUCAUCACCAGCCGUCCCGAGGCCGAUAUAGUGAGAUCGCUGGAGUCACUUGCCGAUUUUACAAUAUCGCUACAAUCCAAAAUUAUCGAUCCAGAUAUCCGGGCAUAUAUACAGAACUCUCUAGCCGGCAAGGAUGGUUUCAGGAAAUUUACCAAAGAAAUCACGAUUGAGAUAGAGGAAACGCUAGUUUCGGGUUCACAGGGAAUGUGUAUGCCCAAUCACUAAAUCCCUACUUAUGCUAAUCUUGCGGCGCGUGUUUUCAGGUUCCGAUGGGUAGAUUGUCUCCUACGAAUUCUAGAAGAAUGCAUAACGCCAAAAUCUGUGAGGGAUGCAUUGAAGGAACUCCCGGAAGACUUGGAUUCUGUCUACGCGAGGAUCCUCGAUACCAUUCCUAAGAAGCAGAAGGAGUAUAUUCGGCGAGCGAUGAAUUGGCUAGCGUUUUCGGCAGAACCAUUGACAUUGGGCCAGCUCGCGGAGGCCAUUGUGAUAGAAUACGAUGUCAACAAUUAUGAUGCGGAUUCGGAAAAUCUUUUUGACAUGAAGUCCCUCAUGAGCAUUUGCCCAAGUCUUAUUUCCUUUGAAGACGCCAGGGUCGUUGGAUCCCCCACCCAGGAAAACCGCCGAUUACGACUAGCGCAUUUCUCGGUAAAGGAAUAUUUGAUCUCCGACCGGACGGCUCAGGGCCCCAGUGCCUACUAUCAUAUUUCGGAAGAUAAAGCGAAUUUGCGGAUGGGGCACGCUUGCCUUAGUCGAAUACUGCGGCAUGGAGGGCAAGGUACCAUACGCGGGAACAAAGCCAAAGAAAUGUCGUUCCUCUACCACAGCGCUCGCCAUGGGUUCCUGUACUUUAGAUCAAUUGAGUAUAUGGCACCCGCCCCGCUCUCCGAGGCUGCGGUAAAAGUCCUCGAGCUCGGCCAAGCUUGGAUAGAUGUAUAUGACCCUGACCCUUUCCGACAGCGUGAACUCUCGGAUUCCAGGGCUUACCCACCAGCGAUCUACUAUUCCUCCUUGUUAAAUUUAGCGACGGCCUGUAAAUUACUGGUCAGCGGGAAGGAGGAUGCCACAGAUGUGAAUGCUCGGAGUGGCACUUAUGGCAAUGCACUACAAGCAGCUGCAGUUCAAGGAAACGAAUCGGUCGCGCGGCUUCUCCUCGAGCGUGGGGCAGAUGUAAAUGCAAAGGGUGGCCAUUAUGGCAAUGCACUACAAGCAGCUGUAGCGGAAGGAAAGGUAUCGGUUGUGCGGCUUCUCCUCGAGCGUGGGGCAGACGUGAAUGCUCAGGGUGGCGGUUACGGCAAUGCACUACAAGGAGCUGUAGGGGAAGGAACCGAAUCGAUUGUGCAGCUUCUCCUCGAGCGUGGGGCAGAUGUGAAUGCUCAGGGCGGCUGUCAUGGCAAUUCACUACUCGCAGCCGUAGUCCAGGGACACGAAUCGGUUGUGCGGCUUCUCCUCGAGCAUGGGGCAGAUGUGAAUGCGAAGGGUGGCUAUUAUAGCAAUGCACUGCAAGCAGCUGUGGUGAGGGGAAACCAAUCGGUUGCGCGGCUUCUCCUCACACACGGGGCCGUUCCCGACGCAGGGACUUCGGCGGAUGAUACAAGUAGCACAGCCAGCUAGCAGGCUUUCAAUUGUUCAACUACUUGAAUAUCCUAUUCCUGAAGCCGCCACCAAUUCUUGAAGUU